AUGUUUACCCUCACAGAAGUAGCCUCUCUGAACGACAUCCAGCCAACUUAUCGAAUACUGAAACCAUGGUGGGAUGUCUUCAUGGAUUAUCUUGGUAUCGUCAUGCUGAUGUUGGCCAUAUUUUCUGGAACCAUGCAGUUAACUAAAGACCAAGUGGUUUGUCUUCCCAUCCUGGAACAAACUCCAGAGGGGGCUGGGGGCUUCUUGGGCCCCCAACCACCAGAGACAGCUGAUGGUUUCUGGAACAAAGAAAGCGCCAUUGGGGAACAAGCUGCUCCUCUAAUGGCUAAAAGGCCUCCUGAUAGCAUUGCACCUACAAUUCACUUCACGCAGCCUGCUACGUUUGGGCAGCCCCAACCUACAGGUGUCAGAACCAAGCUGGAUUUUCAGCAGUAUGUUUUUGUCAACCAGAUGUGCUACCACGUCGCCCUUCCUUGGUAUUCCAAAUAUUUCCCAUACCUCGCCCUAAUCCACACUAUUGUAUUGAUGGUCAGUAGCAACUUCUGGUUCAAGUACCCAAAGACAAGUUCCAAAAUUGAACACUUUGUUUCCAUACUUGGAAAAUGUUUUGAAUCACCUUGGACUACCAAAGCACUGUCUGAGACCGCUUGCGAGGACUCGGAGGAGAACAAGCAGAGACUGGCUGGUGCCUCUUCCCUCUUGAAACAUCUGUCCACAAGCAGUGAGGAGGGGAGUCCAAACCAGUCUGCCCCAGUGCUGACUAAAUCUGGGGUCACGUUUUCUGCUGAAAAGCUCGUUAGUGAAAUUCCCUCUAUGACCAUACUGGACAAGAAGGACGGUGAACAAGCAAAAGCUUUGUUCGAAAAAGUGCGGAAAUUCCGUGCCCAUGUGGAAGACAGUGACUUGAUUUACAGGCUGUAUGCCAUUCAGACUGUCAUAAAAACAGUCAAAUUCAUUUUAAUCCUUUGCUACACGAUGACAUUUGUUGCCUCUAUAGAUUUUGACCAUGUGUGUGAGCCUGAAAUAAAACAUUUGACUGGAUACGCUAAGUUCCACUGUACACAUAACAUGGCUUUCAUGUUAAAGAAGCUCCUUGUCAGUUAUAUUGCUAUCAUAUGUGUUUAUGGCAUAAUUUGUAUAUACACGCUGUUCUGGCUUUUUCGGCGACCGCUGAAGGAGUAUUCCUUUGAAAAAGUCAGAGAGGAGAGCAGCUUCAGUGACAUUCCUGACGUCAAGAAUGACUUUGCAUUCCUGCUCCACAUGGUUGAUCAGUACGACCAGCUGUAUUCAAAACGUUUUGGGGUUUUUCUCUCAGAAGUGAGUGAAAACAAACUUCGAGAAAUCAGCCUGAACCAUGAGUGGACCUUCGAGAAGUUGCGGCAGCAUGUAACACGCAAUUCUCAAGAUAAGCUGGAACUUCAUCUUUUUAUGCUAUCCGGAGUGCCGGAUGCUGUGUUCGAUCUCACCGAUUUGGAAAUCCUAAAACUAGAAUUAAUCCCAGAGGCCAGGAUAACAGCUAAGAUCUCACAAAUGAUAAACCUCCAGGAGCUGCACUUCUAUCACUGUCCAGCCAAAGUUGAGCAAACUGCUUUCAUUUUUUUUCGCGAUCACCUCCGGUGCCUUCAUGUCAAAUUCACAGAUGUCGCUGAGAUUCCUAGCUGGGUAUACUUGUUGAAAAAUUUAAGGGAACUAUACUUGGUUGGUAACCUGAACUCUGAAAACAAUAAAAUGAUCGGACUCGAAUCUCUCCGAGACCUCAGACACUUAAAGAUUCUGCAUCUCAAAAGCAACCUCACAAAGAUCCCGACAAACAUUACCGAUCUGUCCCCGAAUCUGAUCGAGUUGGUCAUUCACAACGACGGUACAAAGCUGUUGGUGCUGAAUAGUUUGAAGAAAAUGAUGAAUCUCGCAGAGUUGGAGCUUCAUAAUUGUGAGCUGGAGCGAAUCCCCCAUGCUAUCUUCAGUUUGAACAACCUUCAGGGGCUUGAUCUGAAAUCCAACAACAUUCGUACCAUCGAGGAGGUCAUCAGCUUUCAGCACCUCAAGAGACUCACGUGCCUCAAACUUUGGCACAAUAAGAUCAUCACCAUUCCACUGUCAAUCAGCCACGUCAAAAACCUGGAGUCGCUCUAUCUCUCUCACAACAAGCUUGAGUCUCUACCCUCUUCAUUAUUCACCCUCCUCAAGUUGAGGUACCUUGAUGUUAGCCAUAACUCCAUAGUGGUAAUACCACUGGAGAUUGGCUUUCUGCAGAACCUCCAAUAUUUUGCCAUUACAGGCAACAAAGUCGAGGUAGUCCCCAAGCAGCUGUUCAAGUGCGCCAAACUGAGGACCUUAUGUCUCGGCCACAACUGUAUCGCUUCCAUUCCUGAGAAAAUAGGCCAACUCACACAGCUGGCACAUCUGGAACUGAAAGGAAACUGUCUGGAUCGUCUGCCGGCUCAGCUCGGUCAGUGCAGCCUCCUUCGCAGGAGCUGCCUGAUUGUGGAGGAUCACCUCUUCGACUCGCUCCCCAUGGAGGUCAAAGAGAGCAUCAAUCAGGAGUCUAGUGUUUCUUUUACAAAUGGGUGUAAGUGUCUAAGUGAGGGGCGGUAG